UGCCUAGUCAAUACCAGUGGCGGCACCAAAUAACCUCUCUGGGGUGAUGCAGUCCACCGAGCGUAUAAACAAAUAGAAAAAGUUGAAGGUCGAUCGAGCAACAUAGCUGGAAUUUGGUGAUGAGAUUGAUUUCCCAUCAAACUUGAUUUCGAGAUUACAAAAGCAACAGCUCCUCAGAAUCCCCCCAAUAUAUUUUAUGAAGUAAUGGAAUUUAAUAUUUUUCAAGAAUCUUGAGGGCAUUUCCCUGUCUCUUGAGGCAAAUUUGCUUGGACUUCUCCGUCAAAACUCAUGGAAAAGCAGACCCAAACAACCCCCAUAUUUCUUUUGCUUAUUCUUUGCUAGAUUUCGAUAAUUUGCUCUGUCGUUGGAACAAGUCAACCGUUUUUUAGCCGUGGAAAUGAAGGUUUGGAAGUGGGUUUUUGUCGGGCUUCUCUGCUUUGCUGUCUUUGUUACAAGGAUUGAUGCUUUUAAGCUGGGUCGGAGUCAACCUACUGAGAGAAUUUCAGGAAGUGCUGGUGAUGUCUUGGAAGAUGAUCCAGUGGGAAGGCUGAAAGUUUUUGUGUACGAAUUGCCAAGCAAAUACAACAAGAAGAUCCUGCAAAAGGACUCGAGAUGCCUCACCCAUAUGUUUGCUGCCGAGAUCUUUAUGCAUCGAUUUCUCUUGUCUAGCCCUGUUCGAACCCUCAAUCCUGAGGAAGCUGAUUGGUUUUAUACCCCUGUAUACACUACUUGUGACCUGACACCAAAUGGCCUCCCUUUACCUUUUAAAUCACCUAGAAUGAUGAGAAGUGCAAUUCAGCUUAUCUCUUCAAACUGGCCUUAUUGGAAUCGCACGGAAGGGGCUGAUCACUUUUUUGUAACGCCCCAUGACUUUGGUGCUUGCUUCCAUUAUCAAGAAGAGAAGGCUAUUGAGAGAGGGAUUCUUCAUAUGCUUCAACGUGCUACUUUGGUUCAGACUUUUGGACAGCGGAAUCACGUUUGCUUGAAAGAAGGAUCAAUUACCAUUCCUCCUUAUGCUCCUCCACAGAAAAUGCAAACCCACCUAAUUCCCGAAAAAACCCCUAGGUCCAUCUUUGUUUACUUCAGAGGAUUGUUUUAUGAUGUGGGGAAUGAUCCAGAAGGUGGUUAUUAUGCAAGAGGAGCACGAGCUGCAGUGUGGGAGAACUUCAAGGACAAUCCUCUUUUUGACAUCUCCACGGAACACCCGACAACAUACUACGAGGACAUGCAAAGAGCUGUGUUUUGUUUGUGUCCGCUUGGCUGGGCCCCUUGGAGUCCAAGAUUGGUUGAAGCAGUGAUUUUUGGUUGUAUCCCCGUGAUUAUAGCAGACGACAUUGUUUUACCUUUUGCUGAUGCCAUCCCAUGGGAAGAAAUUGGUGUUUAUGUGGAUGAGAAGGAUGUUCCCAACUUGGACACCGUACUCACAUCGAUUCCUCCAGAGACAAUAUUGAGAAAGCAGAGAUUGCUUGCCAACCCCUCCAUGAAACAGGCCAUGUUGUUCCCACAACCGGCUCGGCCAGGAGAUGCUUUCCAUCAAGUUCUGAAUGGACUCGCUAGAAAAUUGCCGCAUGACAAUAGUGUUUACUUGAAACCUGGAGAUAAGGUCUUGAACUGGACUGCAGGGCCGGUCGGGGACCUCAAACCUUGGUAGCAGCUGCAACAACACCCAAUUGGAACAAUCAAUCCUGCAGAAUGUCAGUGUAAGGGAGGUGCCAAUGUCAAUCAAACAUGUAAACUUUGAUUCUAGCCAAAAUAUGUUAAAGAUUAUAGAUCGCCUUUCUGUAGCUUUAGGUUUGCGGGCUAUUUGAUGCACUUCACCUCAGCUGAAGUAAGAAGUCUUAUUGUUGAAAUGCACUGAUUCUGUGUUUUUUAACUCAUUUGGCUUACUGCAUCAUUGCUGAAAGCUAUGUUCUGAUC